AUGAACACUGCUGGCGGGGUGUGUCUGUCUGUGCUGUCCUCUUUCUUGGCCGUGGCUGGGGCUCUGGCUGCCGUGUACUCCCUCGCUCUCGCUCCCGUCUCCGCUCGGGCAGAGGUGGCUCACGGGGGCACCCACAGCGCCCCCAGCAGCGCGGCAGAGGGACGCCCGCUGCCCCUCACCUCUCCAUGUUCCAGCUUGGUCACCGGCGUCCUCUACGGAUCGUUUUCUUUGAGAGAACUCUUCCCCUCGAGGGCCCCGGGAUGCUCCUGGUCCCUGGAAAACCCCGAUCCCACAAAGUAUUCCCUCUACCUCCGCUUCACCCGCCAUCCAACGAUAUGUCGGACGCACUCGCCUAUGCUUCUCUCCCUCGACCAUCACUUACCCAAUCAGAGCUGUCCGUUACAAUUGGAGACUUCCGGGACUAAGGAUCAUGACAUUGUCGAACUAUGUGGGAAUAAAUCUACCAUUGAGGGACCUUACUCAUUCUUACAGUUUGAUAAGAACUUCGUCCAACUUUGUUUAACGAAGCAUCCGAGCGGUGACGAGCCUCAGGUAACUAAGGAAUUGCUAGAGCUGAGAUUAGUCGAAGUUUUGCUUAUCAAUAAUGAGAACUCUAGUCAGUUUACGUGCGGAGUUCUUUGCCGAUGGUUCGAGGAAUGCCUGCGGACGGGACACAACGGGGACCAGGAAGUGUCGGACGGAGACGGGUGCGGGAUGAGCCAAACCGGGUGCAUUUGUCCCAAUCAUAACAUCAUGGCCCCCGCAGUCCCCAUGCUCCCGGAGACCCCUCACACCUUCAGUAAUGGAUCUAUGGUUCCUGACGACUGCUGCGUCACUGAGCUGCACUCCAACGACGCCAUCGCCAUAGCGCCGAGGGAUGUGCGACAAGAUCCAUACGAUGAUGAUGACCUCAAAGUGAAAACCCAGAGACCCCGAUCAGCCGACCAGCCAGGUGUGUUUCAGGCACAGACAGGCGACCCUGCGGCGGAGGAGUGGUCCCAGUGGAGUAUGUGCUCUCUGACCUGUGGACAGGGCUGGCAGGUGCGCACCCGCUCGUGCGUGUCCUCUCCUUAUGGGACCCUCUGCAGCGGCGCACUCCGAGAGACGCGUAUGUGCAACAAUACUGCCUCCUGCCCAGGUGACCCCGGGAUCAUCAGCUCAGUGCACGGACUGUGGGAGGAGUGGUCGUCGUGGAGUCUGUGCUCUGUCACCUGUGGGCGGGGUCUUCGGACACGGACCAGGAAGUGCGUGAAUACGGAUGAGGCGGCGGAGUGUGGCCGUCCCGAAUCCCAGACCAAACCCUGCAACAUAGUGGUGUGUCCCGUGGAGGGCCAGUGGAUGGAGUGGGGCCCCUGGUCGCGUUGCAGUGUGACGUGUAACACGGGGACCCAGCAGAGACAGAGGCGGUGUAGCGCGUCGGUACACGGCUGGGCUGAAUGUAAGGGCCCCCAUCAGGAGAGCCGAGACUGCGCCAACCCGGCCUGCAGCGGUGGAAACUGGGGCAUGUGGAGCCACUGGAGUCUGUGCAGUAAGACGUGCGACUCGGGCUGGCAGCGGCGUUUCAGGACGUGUGAGACCAGCGCGGGACAGAACACUCCCUGUGAGGGCUCGGCAGAGGAGGUCCGCUCUUGCAACGACAACAAGUGUCCGGCUCCUCAUGAGAUCUGCAAAGAGGAGCAAAUCCUCACCAUGACGUGGAAGAGAGCCUCUGCUGGAGAGACGGUGUACAACAAGUGUCCAACCAAUGCUACAGGAUCUGCUAGUCGUCGAUGUUUGCUGGACAAUAAUGGCGUUGCUUUCUGGGGUCCUCCGAGCUUCGCUAGAUGCAUCUCACUUGAAUAUCGAUAUUUACACAUAUCUUUACGAGAGCAUCUGGCGAAGGGUCAGAGGACCCUGGCCGGGGAGGGCAUGUCUCAGAUCGUACGGAGUCUCCUGGAGCUUUUGCAGAGGAGGAGCUACUACAGUGGCGACCUUCUCUUUUCCACGGAGAUCCUACGAAAUGUGACGGACACCUUCAAAAGAGCAACCUACAUUCCAGCUCCCGACGACGUGCAGAAAUUUUUCCUCAUAGUCAGUCAUAUGUUGGACAUGGAGAAUCUGGAGAAGUGGGAAGACGCGCAUCAGGUCGCUCCUGGGGCGGCACUGCUCAUGAGGAUAUUAGAAGAUUUCAUUCACCUCAUUGGAGAAGCCCAGAAGCCUUUUCAAAGUUUUCUAGUGGUUACCAACAAUCUCAUGAUAACCAUUCAGAGAGAGCCAGUGUCAGCAGUUUCCAGCGAUAUUAACUUCCCCAUGAAGGGCCGCAGAGGGAUGAAAGACUGGGCCAGAACUGCGGAGGACAAGCUCUACAUCCCCAAGGAAGUCUUCACCAUCCCCACCGAAGAGACGGAGACCGACUCCGAAUCCCCAAUGUACUACGUAAUUGGAGCCAUCUUGUACCGGACUUUGGGUGUCAUCCUGCCAGCACCUGCUUCCCCUGCAGUGAUCAACUCCAAGAUUCUGACGGUGACUGUUCGCCCUGAGCCGCAGCCCAGCGAGCCCAUGGUGGUGGUCGAGCUGUCGCCGCUGCUCAAUGGAACAUCUGAUCCUCAAUGCGUGGUCUGGGACUAUGGCAACCCGGAAGCUGGCGCAGAAAACUGGGGCACAGAGGGCUGCCAAACACAAGCCUCCACCGCAGUCCACACCAAAUGCCUGUGCAGCCGCAUCUCCACCUACGCCGUGUUAGCGCAGCAAGCUAAAGAACCGGAUAUGGGUCCCAACAGCAUGCCCUCCGUCCCCCUGAUGGUGGGCUGUGGCAUCUCGUGCACCGCUCUGCUUAUCCUGCUGCUGAUCUAUGCCGCCUUUUGGAGGUAUAUUCGCUCGGAAAGGUCCAUCAUCUUGGUGAACUUUUGCCUUUCAAUCCUGGCCUCAAACUUAUUGAUUUUGGUGGGACAAUCGCAGACUCUGAGUAAGGGUCUCUGUACUGUGACUGCCGCCUUCCUUCACUUCUUCUUCUUGGCGUCCUUCUGCUGGGUGCUGACGGAGGCGUGGCAGUCCUAUCUGGCUGUCAUCGGCAAAAUGAGGUCACGCCUAAUUCGCAAGCGGUUCCUCUGUUUAGGAUGGGGUCUCCCGGCGCUGGUUGUAGCGGUUUCGGUGGGUUUCACCAGAGCCAGAGGUUACGGAACUGCCAGCUAUUGCUGGCUGUCACUAGAAGGAGGUCUACUGUACGCCUUUGUUGGACCUGCUGCUGUUAUUGUCCUGGUGAAUAUGCUCAUCGGGAUUGUAGUGUUUAACAAGCUUAUGUCCCGGGACGGCAUUUCCGACAAGUCCAAAAAGCAACGAGCGGGUGUCCCGGCAGAGGCGGGGAGUCGGCUGCUCCUGAAAUGCUCCAAGUGUGGUGUGAUCUCUAGCACCGCCAUGUCCAGCGCCACAGCCAGCAGUGCCAUGGCCUCUCUGUGGAGCUCCUGUGUGGUUCUGCCUCUCCUGGCGUUAACCUGGAUGUCAGCAGUCCUGGCCAUAACCGACCGCAGAUCUACACUUUUUCAGAUCCUGUUCGCCGUUUUUGACACGGUUCAGGGCUUCGUCAUCAUCACCGUCCACUGUGCCAUGCGCCGCGAGGUGCAGGAUGCGGUCCGCUGUCGAAUGGGGGGAUGUAAAGACGACAGUGAAAACUCUCCAGACUCCUGCAAGAAUGGACAGGUGCAGAUUAUGACGGAUUUUGAGAAGGACGUGGAUCUGGCGUGUCAAACAGAGAGAGGACACCCAUUUAUUUUCAAAGAGGUGAACACUUGUAACCCCGCCACCAUCACAGGGACCCUCUCGCGCAUCUCCCUGGACGAUGAGGACGAUCCCAAGCUGGCAGCCCAUCAGGAGGGCGGAGUAGGGGUCAACUUCAGCUCACUACCUGGCAACAUACCUCCUCCCAACCUCAUAGUGCAGGUGCCGCCUUUAGGAGGUCUGAACGAGCUGAGCGACACUCCUCUGAAGAAGGAGGUGAAUGUGGACCAGCAGAGGCAGGGCCAGCAGCACACUGGAGCUCCUAUUUACCUGUGCACCGAGAGCGGCCUGGGCUGGGCCCGCCCUCCUAACUCCUCCAACACGUCCCAGGACGGCAGUGCGGGGAGCGGGGGCAGUGCGGGCAGUGCUGCUGGCAGUGGGAGCACAGGUGGAGGAGAGGGGGACUAUAUGGUGUUACCACGCAGGACAGUUAGUCUCAAACCUCCUGCAUCCUCCUCCCAAGGAGGAGGCCUGGGACUAGGGGGUGAGGACAAGCCCCUGAAUAUCACAGUGGAGGAGCCGCCUUUCCCCCCGCCCCCGUCACCCCUGACCCUUCAUCCCGCAGAGAGCGAGGCCUACCCCGCAGACUUUGUACCGUCCAGUGUGGGGGACAUGAACAUCACCAUGAACCUCAACCGCUCCUAUGGGCCCAUCAAAACUAUGGCCCACAACCACGGGCACAUGAUGGCCCAGGGCGGCCUGGUGCACCCCCACACUGGACACUUACACCCACACGGACACUCCCUGCAGCUCAAGCCAGGACAGAGACCAUCCGUCAGACAAAUCCUCACCAGCGGGAACGCAAUGGAGAGAACACGGACCCUGCCUCGUAACCUUGGCAGCACCAAUGCCAACAGCAACAUCUCCGCGGGAUCCCUCGAGAGGAAAAGAGUACGGUAUUCCGAGCUGGAUUUUGAGAAAGUGAUGCACACUCGCAAAAGACAUUCUGAGCUGUACCAUGAGCUCAACCACUCGUCCAAGUUCCACACCAUAGACAGGUAUAGCAGGGACCCAGCCAUGUCCACUUUUAAGAGCAAAAAGCGAUGGAGCAUUUCUUCUGCCAGCGGUGAAAAGAACUCAUUGAGUGACAAGUCGACCCCAGAGGAACACGGCUCAUGGGACAGUUUCAAGACCAUGACCCCGGAGUUGACCAUCGUGCCUGGGGAGCAGAAGGACCGCAUGGAGCUGCACAAUAAGAACUGGGACUCCUCCUCCGCCAACACACCGGACUCCUCUGAGGGAGACUUCCAGACUGAAGUUUGACUCUGUCUCUGCCCACGUCUCACGCUCUCGCCCAAACCCAGCCGCACAGAGCCCAGCAGAUCUAUAUAUAAGCCCAUGAGUGUGUGCGCACACUCCACAGUGCCCCGUGUCGUCGGAUUCCAUAUUGUGUUGGUUUACUGCUGCAGUGGACAGACGCCACAAGACUGUUCUUCUAUAUUUUUCACAAAGACUAUUGAAAAGAGAGAACAGAGGCUUGGUAUGUCUGUGAGUGACAUUUUUAAUUGAACUAAAGGUAUAAAAAAGACUUUAUUUCUGAAGAAAAAUGUCUUGAUUUUAUUCUGAAGAAAAAAAAAAGAAAAAUAUGUUUCAAUUGUUUGAUGAUUUGGAAAAAAAGAAUGAUAUUUCUGCACCAUUCUUUUUAUAUCAAUGGGAAAGAUCUCAUGGAGAUUUCUCACUCCUUUAGCUUCAUAGGCCGCUUUAGUUUUUCAUUCCUCAGACGGAUGACCACAACCUUACGUUUUCUCUGUCUCCUUUGUUCCUGUUCCAUCUGAAUGGAUUGGGAUGGAGUGUGUGGAAGCUGCUCAGUGAUAUGUGCCAUCCUCUGUGCUUUACAGGCUCCAGCUCCACUCUCCCAUCCAUCCAUCCACCCAGCCCUGUCAUCUCUGUGUCAGCACUGUGUUCCCCUUCUGUGUACUUUUGCGAUUUCAUUUAAAAUGCCCUCUCUAUGCUUUGAAACUUUUGAUGAAAAAAUCAUAUGACUGAUACAAAUGAAUCGUGCUGUUUGGUCGAACUAUUCAAGGAGAAUGAUGAGUUAUUUUCAGUUGUGCUUGUGCUGCCUUUCAUUUUUAUGAUACUUUUUUUUUUUCAUGUGCGAGACAAAGUUCCUGUGGAACUUGAAUGAUGAUGUAGGAUGCCUACCGCACAUCAAUAUGAGCUUGCUUUGAGGUAAUGUGUGCUGCAUGUAACUCUGGUGAAAUACUGGUUGGGGAAUGAAGGAUUGGGAUCGUUUUUUCUUUUGCUAGGAGCCUUUAAACUGCAACGUCGAAGUCGAUUUCAAUCAUCAGCUACAAAUGCCAGAUUCAAGGCAGCCCAAAUAUAACUUUCCCCAAGCUAUGUUUGCAUUUGUUAAAAAGCGUUCUUCAAAAACUACAGCGACUGGCCCUUCAUAUAAUUAGAUACUGUUUGGUUACCUGAGGGUUUUUUGCAAAUCAGGGCACAGUUUUCAGCCAAUUUCUCCCCAAGCACAUUUCAGCUUUGUCUGUAACUAAAAUAUGUCCAAACAUUCUGUUUUUCUCCCUGUUUACUUCUCACUUCUUCUCAUCUUUUGGCACACUCUGAAUAUCAGCAGCAGGGGCACAUGUGUGUUCUCUGGUGUUUAUCUCGGUGCUUAAUUAGAAUAUCAUUACUAUUACAUGGCAAUACAUUUUGCUUGUUUUUGGUGGUCCUUGUCCCUUCUGUUUAAAGUCCUGGCCCGUCUUAAGCCUCGUCUCGAGUCAGAUACAGUCUGAUGUAUCUUUCCUGUUUGACAUUCCAGACGUGUACGAGGUUCAUCCUGGAGCCUGAGCACUUCCCCACAUUAUUACAUUAGCGUUCAAGUCUGCACAGCGUGACAAAGCAUAUAUGAUGUACUACAAGAUCCAAUCAAUACAAACUUUGAUGACUUUUUCUCUCUCUUUGGCAGCUUUUAGGACUCCACACUAUUGAGAGAAUGAAAGGGGAUCAUCUGUGUUCAAUGUGUAGACCAGGCCAAAUACAGUCUGCAGAUAAGUGUUUGAGCAGAGAAACAGGAAUACAUCUGUCAAAAUUACAUAGAUUUCUCAAAAUUUUGAAAAAAAAAAAGUACACAAAACCAUUGAAAUCAACUGUAAUCAUGCAAAACAAAUACUGGGAUAACAGAAAAACAUCCUUGUCUCUCACAAAACCAUGUCAAAAUUAAACAAAUACAACACAAUUCAUAUUUUUACCCAAAAUUUUUACAAUAUUUCAAUACAAAUCCGCAUUUUAAAACUUUUCAGCAGUCCUGUAAAGUUAGGAAAGGGAAUUAAGACAGAUUAACUAUUAGAGUGUUUGCUUGAGCCGUGUAUUAAAAGCAGCAAAAUGAUGAAGAUUACGAAGAAGAGGGGGGAGCUUUAAAAACAGUAAUUACCGGGGGAUGGUGAUUUGUCCUGACAUUUUCCGAUGCAGCCCUCGAACCAUCUGUUUAAAGAUCCCUAAUGUGGUCGUAGCGCAGAUGGUGAGCGAAGAGUUCAGCCCCUGCUAACCUUUCUGGCUAAUCAGCUGAUAGGCUCCGCCCUCCGCCCUCUCCGCGGACCAGGUCGGGCUUGGGUUGCCUAUAGCCGGGGGUCACUUUAGCCUGACCUUGUUCACCGGAGGGUACGAGGCUGCUCUUAAAGUGAAUAAAGACUCUUAACACGUAAUAACCAUGAACCAGAUAUAACCCAAGGCCAGUUUGAAACAAUCGUCUCGUCGUAAUUAACAAAGACAUUAGCUAAAUAGGAAAACAAAUGAUCGUUGUUAAUACUCUAUGAUAAAUACGCCUUCCCAAAACGCACACAUGCUUAGGGUUGUCAAGCGUUUACAAUAUUAUGAAUUGCAAACACUGGGGAGAAGUAAAUCGUUAGCUCUUUUUUUGGGUUAAUUAUCAUUCCAUAUAUUAAAUCUGCAGUUCUACAGUUGGUGGAUUGUAACGCCUUCACUAAUCAAACAGUCAUUUUAAUUAAAAAAAACAUGUUUUCGUUGUCGUCCAGAGUCGUCCUGUAUCGUGAACCAACAGAGAAUGUCCAAGUUCAAGGUGAUUGGCAGUCGUUCGCUGUCAAUCACUGAUAAGCACCACCCCUUUUCUCGUACAUUUUUUAAUUAUUCGACAUUUUGAGCUGCUCUACGGAUGGAAAUUGAUGAAAAAACGUUAUAAUUCUGUCUUGUUGUUGACGGGGGCUAUUCUGUUCUCGACCGUUUCCCAAAAAUAUCGUCGGACUCCAGUUUUACGCUCUACUCAAGUCCAUUUCUCCGCCUUGGAUGCUUAAAUGUUAACCGACCGACUGACUGACACUCCUGUUGAU